UAUUUUUGUAGCUCCUAUUCCUUAACACUAGGGGACACGAGAAAAUGGAGAGCUCUACGCAUCUCACAUUCAAGUGAAGGUGUAAUCAGGCUCAGAAUUAAACCUCUCAAGAGCGAACAAUGAAGACAGUAUGGAUGUUUCUACUUCUUCUUUGGCCGUCACUUGUCAAAGGUAUCAGCCUCUCACCAUGCGGCAGUGACAACGUCCAGGAAGUUGUAAAUGAACAAGAAAAUCAUUUCAUUUGCAAAGCUGAGAAGCCAGUAUAUUGGACAUUACAGUCAAAAGACACUACGACAGGUAAACUCGUUUUGGCAGUGUGUGACGAGAACUGUACUCAGCUGGAGACACUGGGCAAGCUCUUCAUCGUCAGGACCAUCGAUGCUGGCAGAUCGUCUAUGAUCAUCAAACCUGUGAACAACACGAUGCUGUAUAACUAUGUCCAGCUUCUGAACGGUAGUCUGGAGUGUAGUCUAAGAGAUGAGAGAAAGUCCGCUCGUUGUGGACUUAACUAUGUAGAUCCACCAAAGAAUGUGACAUGCACAGCAGCAAAUGUGUCGUGGUCCGUCAAUGUGUCAUGUGUCAUCAGUAGUGUCUACUCUUCUCGGAAAAGCUACAGUUGUCAGCUACUUUACAGGAAAGAUAAGAAUAAAACACUGGAAAAUGUGUCUAUGGUGACUUCACCAACCUGGGAAAGAAUUAGCAAGAGUGAAGUGAAGGUGUCAGGUUCCUGUCAGUUCAACACAACUCUCCCGACAGAAGAAGGACUUUAUGGCUUUCUUGUCUUAAUCUCACCUAGUGGACAACAUUUUGCUGCCAGUGAUAAGUGGUUUACAGUUGAACAGCCCAAAUCACCAACCGUUUCCUGUAGUCCCUACCCCUACGUGUUAGAAAACACCAAUGUCAUCUGUACCUGUAGGACCACUAGUCUUGGACAACCUGCAGGGUAUCUGAGAUGGAUCAUAGCUAACUUGACCAACGAAAAGAUUGCAGUAGUUCAAGAGGAACAUACAUUCGUGUCAAAAGAACUACAGUAUACUCAUCACAUGACCCUGUCAGAUCAUGACAGAACUUGGCUUAGAUGUGAUGUCAUAUGGGGAACCAGUGGCAGCCAAGGAGAGAACUACACUGCACGUGUAGGAUACGGAAGCAAAACACCACGACUUUCUCUGAACGGUCGUGGGAGGCAUGUGACUGUCAUGGAAGGAGACAAAGUUCAGUUUAGGUGCGAAUCAGACGGCCGACCCGCUCCAAACGUUAGCAUCUACAAUAACGACAACAACAGUGUCAUCGUUAGAGGCUCCUCUCUUGUUGUCUACACAGUCAUCGCUCGAUGCCAGGACACCGCCACGUACUCGUGCGCUGCGAAGAACGAGUUCUCACGUCACGUGACCAGCUCUUACAACAUCAAGCUUGGUGUUGGAUGUAAACCUCAAAGCGUUUCAACCACAGGCAUUCAAAAGUUCCAGUUUCGGAACAAAACAGAAGAAAAAAACUUUGAUGUUAUGGCAUACCCAGUACCACACAAAUAUAGAAUCUGGUAUGUUGAACCAGUGAUCACCAACACCAGUGAGCCUUUACAAGAAAAUGUCAAAGAUUCAGAGAUGACUGUCACCUGCAGUGCUUCCGCCGAGCGAAGUUACCUAUCCAAGUGCACUCUGACAAUAUUCAGUAUUAUCUAUCCUUCAGGCUUUUACAAGGUGCAAAUCAUCAAUGAACACGGCGAUGAGAAUUUCACAUUUGAGAUCAGCUACGGUGAGUGACUAGUUAAUGAGGCAAAGGCUUAAUAUAAUUUUCUUUUAUUAAGUGGUGAAGUCUCCGUUCAUGAUCUGUCGUAUGAUCUACAAUUUAUUCUAGUAACCACUCAUGUGCUGCCCAGUAGAUUAAAUGACAAUUUUUUCUGCUCGAGAUCCUUUUGAAACGGUUCUGAAAAAAUUCGUUUUAAAAAGAUUUAUAAAAUUAAAAUUGUUUUAAGUAUUUUUGAAACACUCGAUUCAGUAUGACUGAAACAAAACUUUUAAAAUGCAUACUGUGAUUUCUAACAUGCCUUAACACUCCCUUUAGCACGUAUGACUUAUUAAUUACACCCAGUAUCACAUCUUUUAUAAUAUCCUAUAAGAGCCUUCAUGGCAUCCUCCUUAAUAGACACCAUACUUCCUUUUCAUCAACUCAUCCCACUAUACAGUUCCAAUCAGUUCGAGCUUCGCUUACAAUCACAGUCUAAACAGAUAAGUAAGUUUUAUUUCGGUCACCUUGUACACAAGAUCGUUUAAUUCCACAAAUCCAAGCGGUAAGUGUUAACUUCUCAAUCACACAAUGUAGGAACAAGAGGCCAUUUCAACAGGCUGAUCACUAGACUGACCAAAAAAAAAAAAAAAACACAA